AUGGUCGAUACUUUUCCGCCUGAUAUGUUGCCGGACUUUGAAGAUCGAUUCCACUUCCCGAAUGGCAAACCUCCACCGGCCAUCACGACGGAAACGACCAUGCAGCGGUUGGAGCAGGUCUUCGAGAAUCUGCCCAACUACGAGUGCCCCCGAGACAAGUUCCAUAUGAUUGUCACGAUGUGCCAAGUGCCGCUUUACUGGCGGGUUCCCCUAUUCAUGUGCACCCCGCUGACUGCCAGCGGUUGCGUGAAUGGCGACAAAUUCAUUAGCUUCUGGCGACAGAUGACCUCCUUCUGCCACGAUCCGGCGUCCCGGUUCACAUUUAUCAUGUCCCGAGGGGAUCGCACCAGGCCAUACAUCCUGCCGGAAGACUUUGCCUCGCUAAUACAAGAUGUCGUGGAUACACACCCCGGCCUGGCGUUCCUCAAGGAAGCGGCCGAAUUUCACUCGCGGUACGUCCACACGGUGAUAGCCCGGGUCUACUAUAAUGUGAACCGUAGCUGGACGGGGAAAAUCACUGUACCAGAACUGCGGAAGAGCAACCUGCUCGAUGUGAUACAACUGCUGGAAGAGGAAGAAGAUAUCAACCAGAUCAUGGCGUACUUCAGCUAUGAGCACUUCUACGUCAUUUACUGUAAGUUUUGGGAGCUAGACCGGGAUCACGACCUGUACAUUGACCAACAGGAUCUGGCCCGGCACAACGAUCAUGCACUAUCAUCCCGCAUGAUCGAGCGUAUUUUCUCCGGCUGUGUGACGCGCGGUCCGCGGCGGGGCAAUGCCAACCCGAUCGUGGUAGGUCCCAACGGGCCGAAGAUGUCCUACACGGACUUUGUGUGGUUCCUGCUUGCCGAAGAGGACAAGACACACCCGACGGCCAUCGAGUAUUGGUUCCGGUGCAUGGACGUGGACGGCGAUGGAAUGCUGUCGAUGUACGAGCUGGAGUACUUCUACGAGGAACAACAGCACCGCAUGGAAUCGCUCGGAAUCGAGACGCUACCCUUUGAAGACUGUUUGUGCCAGAUGCUGGAUAUGAUCAAACCGACCACGCCCGGCUGUGUCACGCUCGCCGAUCUGAAACGGUGCAAGAUGACGCCCAUCUUCUUCGAUACGUUCUUCAAUCUGGAGAAGUACAUGGAGCACGAACAGCGGGAUCCAUUUGCGCAGCGUGAUAAUGAUGAUCAGCUCUCGGAUUGGGACCGAUACGCCGCCCAGGAGUAUGAACUGCUGGUGGCCGAAGAGGGAGGAGACACUCAAGGGUCAUACGACGAGGACGAAGACUACGAGUCAAACAUCGACAUCCUGGAGUCCCAGCUGGACGACUGCAUGCUGAACGAGUGGUGAGAUGAGGGGAACGGCGGACCACGUGGCCGCCGUAGUAGGAAGGGUGACGUCAACGAUGAAGUUGACGACGAUGAUGUCGAUGAGGUCCUGCAGGAUGAAGAACUGGAACGUAUUGAGCAGGAGAUUCUGGAUGAGCUGAACCAGUUUUAAAUCGCUCAUUUUAUGUGUCUCACUACUCGACAUUCUCUUUCUCAAGUAAACUCUCACACAAUUUAAUCCAAAAUGAAAGAAAAAGUCAUGCGCGAGCGCAGCUAACACGAACACAAGAGAAGCAAAACACUCGGAAGCGGAGCGAAGGAAGUGCGAAGAAAGAACUGAAGGAAUUUAUUUAUUCAAACUGCAAAUCGUGUUGGCAACUAUAUUCGAUGGAGUGAAUGCGAGCUUGGAUCGGAUAUCAUCGAUUGUGUCAUGUCUGUUACCAUUACUGUGCCGUCGUCAUCCAUGUUCAUUAUCAGCAUCGUCUCACCGUAUCGUCAUCAAAUCGUGCUACUAUCACUACUAAGUACUAUUACCGAAGCUAUCACACUACUUGUAUUGCUAUUAUCGUAUGCUAUUACAUCUACUAAUGCAAACAUAGUGGAGCCGUUCCAACUGGAAGCCAUUAGGAAUGGAACAUAGUUUUUUUUUAAUUUGUUCAAAAUGUUAAUAUAUUUUUCUCAGUUUAAAAAAAUAAAAAUAAAAUCAAAGUUUUUUUUACCAAACAUGCCACAUUACUAAACACAACACAAUAAUACAAAAAUCAAUGCGAUAUCGUAUUGUAAUGGAUUUGAUAUAAAUAAGCAAGCAUAAAAAACAUAGCUCAUUGAUUGUUCAGUAGUAGGCCAUUAAAGAUAUAUUUUACUCACAAUGUUUUAUGAGUUGAGUCAGAUCGAUUACAACAAUUGAUGCAUAGUUUUGGCAGCUGUAUAAUUGAAUAAGCCUUUAAUUGGUUGUAUUUUGGACCUUUUUUUACAUAAACAUUCAAAACCAUACGUAUAGAACAGGAAAACUAUAACCAAACUUCAUUGAAAUGAAAAUUAAUGUAAAAAAGCAAAGAAGAAAAAUCAUAAUUCAUCAUCAAUGUAUGCGUGUGGUACUCUCAAAGUAAAAUAUUUAUAAAUUUAAUCACAUAAAUCGAACAACACAACACACAACCAAUAGAAAGAAAGACUAAAACGGUAAACGAAGUAGGGAACCUCAGCAAACGGAGGGAAUUGGUAUAACACAAAACUUGCUUAUGAAGAAAGAUUUACAAAUUACAUACGUAGUGGAUAGAAAGAUGUUUUAAAAAAGAAAUAUUGAUACAUACCCAGGUUCGUUUCGAAACGCGCUGAGGACAUGUAGAUAGGCAAUUAUAGAAGCAGGUUUUUGAUUUCGAGAAGCAUGGUAAAGACGGCAAUCAAACAAGGGACGUAUCGGACGGAUCGCUAGAGAUCUUCAACAAUGGCAUACAUUUUGAGUGAUUCGCAUUUUUUUAUGGUAAUCCUACUGUUUCAAAACGAACACGAGAAAAAUUUAGUUCAUUUGACAUAUUUAACAUCAAAUGGAAAUCUUGAAAUUUUCCAUAUGAAAAAUUUCUAAUUUACAAAAAAAAAAUAUAAUUUCUGCGAGAUGUUAUUUUUUAGGGAUAAUAGUUUAUAGUUCUAUUCUUUCCUCAACAUUUUUUUUUUAAUCUUUCGCAUAGUUUUCAUAAUUUUUUUUAAACGUUCACCACGCGGUGGAAAAUAUCGUGGACAACUGAUUUACAUUUUCUUAGAUUGCUUGUGAUUUUAAACCCAGGCGUCUCAGUCCCCCGUGAUAUUGGCAGAAUUUCUUGAUUCUUUACAAAACAUUACGGUAAGCGAUGCUGUUCUCAUUUAAAUAGCUGUGCCGCUGCUAACUGUAAAAAUAUGCGUAUUUUUUAAAUGUCGAUAGUUAUUUCAGGAACUCCUGCACGACUUUUUAAUUUUCUAUCUAGUUUCUUCAACGGAAUUGAUCAUUGAAUGUAAAAUUCAGUAACAGAAUGUGUACCACAUCAUAAUUUCAAGUUUCUGUGACAUGAAUGAUAAAAUCAUUGAUAUUUCAAUUCAAUAUGAAAACAAUUCAUUAUAAUGAGGCCCUCCUUAGCUUACUGGUAAGACACGCGGCUACAAAGCAAGACCAUGCUGUGAGCGUGGCUGGGUUCAUCGUGUUAGCUUCAUGAUACACGAAUGCAUAAAUGGUAACUCGGCUUAGAAACCUCGCGGUUAACCCUCUAAUGCCCAAGACCGCCUUUAGACGGGGUAUUUUGAUUUUUUUUUUGUAAUUUUCAAUUGAUCAGAUUUCGGAAAGUUUUUGAUGAUAAAUAAUAACAUAAACUCCAAUGCAUGUUUAAAUGUAGUUUAAGGUCAAUUUUUAAAGCUCAACACAUUUAUAAAAAAUAUUAAAAAUUGAUUAAUAUUUUGUUCCUCCGUGUUUUCGCUCGUAUACCUUUGAGGAGUGAAAUAUUUGUAGUUUAGUAUUUUUCUACAACUAAGCCUAUUCAACAGAAGGUCGUAGUUGUAAAUGUUACACUCUGAAAUAUUUAUCCAACUCGUUACACGGAAAAUAAAAAAAAAUAACACCGAAAAUUAAAAAAAUGGCAAUAAGUCAGCAUUGGAUAGGAAUUUUCAAACUCUGAAUAUGUUGAAAAAUCAAAAAAGAUUAAUAGUUUCAAGAAACUAUGUGGUUAGAUAAAAACUUGAAAAGUAAAAUUCUGAAAAAUCAAAGUGUGAAAUUGAUAAUAUCGCAUGCCAAACCUUCUUUAGAUCGAUUUUAGAAAGCAAAAUAGUGAUUUUGAGCGAAAACAAAAAUUUGGGUUGUAGAGGAAUACUAAUUGUGGAAGUGUUAAAUGAACACUAAGCUGCGAGGCGGCAAUGUCCCAGUGGGGGAUGUAAUGUCAAUAAGAAGAAGAAUGAUUUAAUUUUACCAGAGUCUAUUAUACUUACUUGAUACUUGAUGGGCUACAGCCGAAUGAAGUAUCCUUCUCCACUGGACUCGAUCCUGGGCCAAUCGUUUUCAGUCGCCCUGAGCAUUGAGUGUCCUCAGGCCCUCUUCAACUGCAAAAAGCUAUCGUGUACGCGGCCUUCCAGGUUCUCUACUAAAUAUUAUCUUCGCUUGACGUUCUUCCGGGAUACGAACAACGUGUCCAGCCCACCGUAGUCUGCCGUGUUGUAUAAGCUUAACAAUAUCCAGCCCUUUAUACACCUGGGACAACUCGUGAUUCAUGCGACGCCGUCAGAUACCAUUCUCCUGUUUACCGCCAAAUUAUUAAAAUAGAUAUAUGCAAAGAAUAAUGACUAUUCGAUAAAUAAUCCUAUUCCUUUAAUUCACCGAGUUUAAGUGGUAAUAAACAGAUAUUUCACACUUUCAUGCCCCGUCACGGAAAAAAUAUUUUUUAAGACUUUUGUAGUUAUGCCUUUCAUCCUCCGCGUUUCUAUAGAUGUUGAAAGGGGCGGGAUUAUCUGGGUUUUCAAAAAUGAAAAUCAAAAUUUUGCAACAUAAAAUAUGAACCAACCAUGAAAAUAAGGUUACUUAUCACACAAUUAUAGCUACGAGCUUAUUUUUUUGUUAUUAUGUUUGUUUUGAGUGCUUUUUUGGCAGCUUGCUGUGAGUUCAAAAAUCAAUGUUGAUUAAAUUUUUCAAAUUUUGGCGAAAAAUAAAUGCAAAUUCAUCCGAAUGUUAUAUCAUUCAGCAGCAAAUUUAAGCAAGAUUAAGAUAGGGGAAAUGACGGCUUUGACAGGUUUUGUUCUAUUAUUGUCAGGGGGUUUUUAUUGACCAAAUUUUAUGAAAUUUUGCCACAAUAUUCUUUGAUAUGCAAAGAAAGUUAAGGCCAAAUUUGAGCAUAAUUAGUUAUAGAAACCCCCCCUGACAAAAAAUAGAAUAAAACCUGCCAAAGCCGUCGUUUGCCCUUCCUAACUAACAAUAAGUACUUGCAAUAACAGAAAAGAACAAUUCAUUCAUUUCUUGAAAAUUGAUAAAUUGAUUAAUGUUACCCCGGCGAUCAAAGUUCCCCCGGAUUACGGUACUGUACUAUCAAAAAGUAUUUAUCUUUUAAUUGCAUAUUAUUCGGCAACUCGGCGGUACGAAAAUCAUUUUUUGUAAAAUAUUUUGCAUAUGCACAGCACAUGUUUCGAAAUGGACAAAUUGAUAUGAAAUUUGCGAAAAAGAAUUCAUGUGUCUUGGAGGGACUCGAACCCCCAACCUCCUACUCUCUAGAUAGGCGUGAUAACCCCUACACCACAAGACCACUUCCGAGUACCAACCUUCACCGGAUUCUUUUUCGCAAAUUUCAUAUCAAUUUGUCCAUUUCGAAACAUGAUAUAUUUUGUUAUUUUUAUUAUUUUCUGUUAUUACAAGUACAUAUUGUGGGUUAGGUAUCUUAACCUUGCUUAAAUUUGCUGCUGAAUGAUAUAACCUUCGGAUGAAUUUGCAUUUAUUUUUUCGCCAAAAUUUGAAAAAUAAAAUCAACAUUAAUUUUUGAACUCUCAGCAAGCUGCAAAAAAAAACAUUCAAAACAUAUACAGUGAGCUCUCCCUAACUCGAUGUUCUGAAAAUCGAUAUUUUCCCUUACUCGAUGGAAUUCAAAAUCCCUUGAAUCUAGCAUAUUGCGUUCCCUUCGUAAGUCGAUAUCUCACUUAAUCGAUGCUCUUAAUUUUCCAAUGCAUUUUCACCUCGCUAACUCGAUGUUGUCAGAAACAGUUACAUGUACGAUUUAGUUAGAAUUUAGAAGUGAAAAGUGAUACGUGAGAAUUGAGAAAUAAUUUAGAAGUGAGAAGUGAAAAGCUAGAAUUGAGAAAUAAGUGAAAAAUUUGAAGUGAGUAGUGAAAAGUAAUAAAUGAAAAAUGAAAAGUGAGAAAUGAAAAGUUGGAAGUUAGAAGCUAGAAGUGGAAAGUGAUAUGGGAGAAAUGAGAAAUCAGAAUUGAGAUAGAAGAAGUUAUAAGUGAGAAGUGAAAAGUGAAAAAUGAGAUGUGAGAAAUUAAUAGAGAGAAAUGAGAAGUGAGAAAUUCGAAGUGUGAAGUGAGAAGUUAGAAAUGAGAAGUGAGAAGAGAGAAAGGAGAAGUUAGAAGUGAAAAAAUCGAAGUGCGAAGUAGUAGUGAGAAGUGAAAAGUGAGAAGUUAGAAAUGAAAAGUGAUGUGAGAAAUGAGAUGUCAGAAGUGAGAUAUAAGAAGUUCAAAGUGAGAAGUGAAAAGGGCAAAAUGAGAAGUGAGAAGGGAAAGGUUGAAAGUGAGAAGUGAGAAAUUCGGUGAAGUGAAAAGUAGUAGUGAGUAAUAGUAGUGAGAAGUGAAAAGUUAGAAUUUAGAAGUGAAAAGUUAUAAGUGAGAAAUGAGAAGUCAGAAGUGAGAUAUAAGAAAUUGAGAAGUGAAAAAUGAGAAGUGCAAAGUGAGAAAUGAAUAGAGAGAAGAAUUGGUGAAAAGAUUGAGGUGAAAAGCAAGAUGUUGGAAUUUAGAAUUGAAAAGUUAUAAGUUAGAAAUGAGAAGUCAGAAGUGAGAUUAUAAGUGAGUAGGGAGUAGGGAGAAGAGAAAAGUGAAAAAUGAGAACUGCGAAGUGAGUUAUGCGAAGUGAGAAAUGAAUAGAGAGAAGAGAGUAGUGGGAAGAUUGAGGUGAGAAGCGAAAUGUGCGAAGAGAGAAGUAAGAAGUAAGUUUUAAGAAAUGAGAAAUGAGGAGUGAGAAGUGAGUUGUGAGGAGGGAGUAGCAAGUAGUAGGAAGUGAGAACCGUAGAACGAGAAGCAAGAAACGAGAUUCUUUCUCUAAUAUCUCUACACUCACUUCUCACUACUUAACAUCUCGCUUUCUAUCAUUUUUCACUCCUUGCUUCUGUUUAUGUCGCUACUCACAUCCUACUUCUCACCACUAACUUUACACUUCUCAUUUCUCAGUUUCCACUACUCAUAUGUACUGAACAAACCUCACUAUGUACUCAAUAUUCACUUCCUUUUUCAGUACUCGCUUCUCACUUCUCAGUGCUCGCUGUUCACUAUUCUUUUCGAAUAUGUACUUAAUUUCUUACUUUAUUAAGUGAAGGAAACAAAUUUUAACUGCUCGGCCAAGCGGUAUUUGGCCAAAUAUGAAUGUGUUCCCUAUCUCGAUACCUCCCUUACUCGAUGGUCCUUUAAUAUCGAGUAAGGCAGAGUUCACUGUAUAGUAACAAAAAAAUUAAGCUCGUACCUAUAAUUGUGUAAUAGGUAAUCUUAUUUUCUUGGUUGAUCAAUAUUUUUUGUUUCCCCCAAAUAAAAAAUCAAAGAACUCGACAAAAAAGUUUUAAAUUAUCAAAUUAUGAAAAACAACAGCCUUAAAGUGAAAUCAGUAGUGAUUCAGUUUCAUUCCAAAUUUUCGACCACUAUUCUAGUUUGAAUCUGGAGCAAAAUAGAACAAACUCGCUGGUUUCCCCAGCAGAGUUCAAUUCAUGUUUUUUUCAAAUUUGCAAAGUGGAUUGAUCCGUAGAUAAAAUGAAACGUUCAUACACCAAAACAAUUCAUAACGUUCAUACACCAAAAAUCUCGUGAUUCAUUUGUGGUUAAAAUCUGCAGAAAAUAGAACGGAGCGUUAUACCAGUUUUUUUUUUGACAGUUGAUUGGUAUAAAAAAUGAAUCUAGAACAGCUGCUGGAAUAAUUAAUGUUUCAGAUUCAUAUUCAAACUGACAGCCCCGAACGAUUUGAAUCACUGCUGAUUUUACUGUUACACGUUCAACAUGUAGCAGUGCUCGUUUUAAAAAUAUGAAAAAGCCAUGAUUUCACUUACGGAGGAAAUAUUUACAAAACAAUUGAAAAAAUGAUGUUCCCCAGGACUACGGUACUUACUUUUCAGAAUCAUUUUUUAGCUGAUGGAAAUUGUCUAGAAUAUCGAGUGGACUGAAGUAUUUAGCGAGAUGUUUAUGUCAAUCAUUAUUAUUAUUAUUAUUUCAGACUAAGGCCGAAGUGGCCUGUGCGGUAUGUAAGAGUCUUCUCCAUUCGGCUCGGUCCAUGGCAACACGUCGCCAGCCACGCAGUCUACGGAGGGUCCGCAAGUCAUCUUCCACCUGAUCGAUCCACCUUGCCCGCUGCGCACCUCGCCUUCUUGUGCCCGUCGGAUCGUUGUCGAGAACCAUUUUCACCGGGUUAUUGUCCGACAUUCUGGCUACGUGCCCGGCCCACCGCAGUCGUCCGAUUUUCGCGGUGUGAACGAUGGAUGGUUCUCCCAACAGCUGAUGCAACUCGUGGUUCAUUCGCCUCCUCCAUGUACCGUCCGCCAUCUGCACCCCACCAUAGAUGGUACGCAGCACUUUCCUUUCGAAAACUCCGAGUGCGCGUUGAUCCUCCACGAGCAUCGUCCAGGUCUCGUGUCCGUAGAGGACUACCGGUCUAAUGAGCGUUUUGUAGAUGGUCAGUUUGGUACGGCGGCGAACUCUAUUCGAUCGAAGCGUCUUGCGGAGUCCAAAGUAUGCACGAUUUCCAGCCACUAUACGCCUCCGAAUUUCUCUGCUGGUAUCAUUUUCGGCAGUCACCAGUGAGCCCAAGUACACAAAUUCUUCUACCACCUCGAUUUCAUCACCACCGAUGCCAACUCGCGGUGGGUGGCUCACAUUGUCUUCUCUUGAACCUCUUCCUAUCAUGUACUUCGUCUUCGACGUGUUGAUGACUAGUCCGAUCCGCUUGGCUUCCCUCUUCAGUCUGAUGUAGGCUUCCUCCAUCUUCUCAAAGUUACGUGCCAUAAUAUCUAUGUCGUCGGCGAAGCCAAAUAGCUGGACGGACUUAUUGAAAAUUGUGCCACUCGUGUUAAUCCCUGCUCUUCGUAUUACCCCUUCCAAAGCGAUGUUGAAUAGCAGACACGAAAGACCAUCACCUUGCCGUAACCCUCUGCGGGUUUCGAAGGGGCUCGAGAAUGCCCCUGAAACUCGAACUACGCACAUCACCCGAUCCAUCGUCGCUUUGAUCAACCGUGUCAGUUUAUCCGGAAAUCCGUUUUCGUGCAUUAGCUGCCAUAGCUGGUCCCGAUCGAUUGUAUCAUAUGCGGCUUUGAAGUCGAUGAAUAGAUGAUGUGUGGGCACGUUGUAUUCGCGGCACUUCUGCAGUACUUGGCGAAUGGCGAACACCUGGUCCGUGGUGGAGCGUUCGCCCAUAAAACCCGCCUGGUACUGCCCCACGAACUCCCUUGCAAUUGGUGCUAGUCGACGGCAUAAAAUUUGGGAGAGUACCUUGUAGGCGGCGUUCAGCAAUGUGAUUAUGUCCAUCAUAUGAUGUGUUUAAUUGUUGAACACGUCCACACAGAGGCGCAUGUCUCCACCCUAGCAGCACACAUGUUCCACAUAUGGUAUUGUAACUCAUAUGUGACCAGAUUUAGUCACAAACAAGUUGCUUUAACCAAUUUUGUAUAACUUGUGCUGCUCGGGCAUUAUCCUUAACAAUAGUUACCAGAGGCAAUACCGUUGGUGCUGCUCCAGGUACUGAUCCUUUGAUAUCAGCCACAUGCAUUUGAGUCAACUUUCAGUCAAGGCGUCAAGGCGCAACUGGUGGUCGCCUGACGCUACCGCUUUCUAUUAAAAUGAAAUACUCACUUGCAAACUUUUCCCUUUCGGAAAAGAUUACACCAGAAGAUAACGCCUGGUGCAGCAAUUCUAUUGAGCAAUCAAUUGAAUCCAAUCCAGAGUCCAUUUUUCUACAGCCCACUGACGCUGUUCUGCUUCAUUCCCCAAAAGUGACUGGAGACUAUCCAUCGACAACGUAAGAAAUAUUUUUUUCUUGUGAAUGUGGUCUCAAGACCAUAUGUCGCAUCGCCACCAUAUCCACACCCUAGCAGCAUACAUGUUCCACAAAGGUUACUACAACUUAUAUGUAACCAGUUUUAGUCAUAAUCAAAUGGCUGCAACUGUUUUUGUCUUAAUUGAGCUGCUCGGGUACAAAAUAGUUGUCGCCAGAUGUAUUGGUUUAUAACUUGUAACUCCACUCGCGACCUUGCUUCGCCACGUGUUAUCAUCGAUAAUGUAUUUGCUGCUGCCCGAAUCGAUCAGCAACUAGAUCAGAACGCCGCCAACAUCAGCCGGCAAAGAAAUUUGUCUACGUCACCGAUAGUGCAGGUGAAGCUUUUUUUUCCUCUUACCUUUUUCAACAUCAGCACCAUCUGCAACUCAAUUGCCAACAAAAUGUUUUUCAAUUUAAUAGCAUUUUUCUCUUCGAAAACAGCAGCAAUUACUUCAAAAGUUCUUUUCCAACUUCAAUGGGCUUAUGUAUCAAUUUUCCAUUGCACGCUUAGUAGGCUGUGUGUAUUGACUGAAAUUUUAAAAAUUUGAGAUUAAGGUCAUUCCUGACAGAAUCCAAGUUUCGAAGUGCUCGCGUUUUCGGGGGCACACCACUCGAUACGGAAGCAACGCACAACUGUCAUUUUUAUGUUUUCACGCAUGCUGCGACGCAGCAAAGCUGAAUCAACAAAAAUGACAGUUGUCCGCCGCCUCCGUAUCGAUAGGUGUGCCCCCGAAAACCCGAGCACUUUGAAACUUGGAUUCUGUCAGGAAUGACCUAAAUGUCAACAUUCACAACAACGUUUUCGCCUUUCUCGUAUACUAAGUGAACCCCAAAACCGAACUUUUGAUAGAAGGCUCUUUGAGUCUUCAUAGUUUUAUAUAUUUCAAUGGACUCAGCUUGACGAAUUGAGAUGAUGCCUGUAUGUGUACAAAAAUGUGAGACUCACGUUUUGGUAUUAUCCUAUUUGGAAUGAAAUGUCGUGACUUGUCAAGUACGAGACACACAUAACGGCCUUUUGAGGUCAAAAUACAUAUCUUUGAAGUUUCCAUCAAGUGAUGGAAGAAAAUGGGAUACAUUUUUCUGCAUUUUUGCAGAUUCCUGUUUCCCUCGGUAGUAGCUUCACGGCUUUCCUUGCUCUGGUGCAACUACUUCCAACGGCUACAUGCCAUUUUUCUGCCUUUUUGUAUUACUAUGUCUGAAACUCGAUUUGUGCAAUUGCACAUGUGAAAGAUUUAGUUCGAAAAUUGUAUUAGAGGGUAAGCACUUCCUUGGGUGGGGUUUUAUCCCACGAAACCAGUACUCUAGACAAGUGCUUUCCCUACUUAAUGUUUUAGCUAAAUUCGUCGAAAUCAUUUUCCAGAUCUCAGCUGUAGUGCCUAUUUGAAAUUUUCGACUUCAGUUCAACUUCAAAAUGAAAAAGAGUACUAUGUAUAUGAUGACGUAAUUUGACAGUUCACAGAGCUUGUUUACAGAUAAUUAGUCUCUGGAAUAGCUUCCAGAAAAACAAUUUUGCGAUUUAUUGAGAAUAUUGAUACCGUCUGUGAUUGAUUUAUAGUAAGAAUCAAAGCACAUCACUGGAAUAUUCAAAUCCAAAAAGUUUUGAACGGGUAUUAUGAAUUUUUAUUUCCGGCUCAAUGAUUUUAAUUUUAACACCCUGUAAACCAGCCGGGUGGCAUCCCUAUCUCACACAAUAGGUUUGUUUUGCAGCCAACAUUGCGCGGCCGUAUCCCACUGACAGUUCUGUAUAUCCUAAUAAGAAUCAAAUGUGAUGUUUGUAAACAAAACACAUACUAUCAUGAAUUUUACACUGUGAUGUUGGCUGCAAAAACAUGGCGUUGUGCCACCCAGAGUGUAUGUAAUUAAGAGUGGCGACACUGUCAGAAUUGGAACAAAAUUCAUCUGUCAUUCCCAUACAAAAUCGUGUUCCAAACGAGCAGGAGACCUGUCAAAUGCGGCACAUGUCGCCACUCUUAAUUACAUACACUCUGGUGCGACCCACCUGCUGUAAACACGCUCUAUGAACUGUCAAAUAAGUAAGGUUAAGUCAAGAUCUUGCAUUGGAAUAUUUAUGAUAAUAAUUGUCCGUCAUAGCGCUACAAACAUAGCCCACGCUUCGCUUUCAGUACUACCAUGAGUCCUUUGCUUGAUUGUUAGGAACUUUGCACGAAAGGUAACAAAGCUUAAAUUCAUAAGACAGCGCACAAGAAAUACACUAGAAAUCAGUCAAAAGUAUUAUGCUCGGCAAUGCAAACACUACUCGCGUUGCUACAAGUAAUUAGCCGUCCAAUUCAGAGGCAUGUAUCCAAACGAUGUUAAUGAAUGUAACCGUGGCUUCAAAAAUUCAAUAUCAUCAACAGCGUUAACUCAAAAUUCACCGUCAACUACUAAUACAGCAACGCCAUCUCUACACACUGUAUAAGAAAGUAUAAAAAAAGCAUCAAUGCAACUGUCAUCCUCAACAAAACCGAAAUGAUCAAUGCCGAUUGUAAUCGAAAAACAAUAUUUUCUGCCAAUUUUCCCUGUAUUGAAUACCUCUAGCGAUGGCAGCGACGACGAUAGCGACAGCGACAAUGAGGUUCGCAACCUACGGAUAAGCUGGCGGGAACGCUAUUUACGCAAGCGUCGCAAUAAGAAGAAGAGGAAGUAAGCAACUCACGUGGCCAUACACUCCAAUCCCAGUCCCAGCAUAAUCGUCGUGAGGAUGUAUGUGUGCAUAAUUGACGUAAUCUUUGUCCAUAUAGGAUCCAUAGCGCCAUAGAUUGAAUCGGAUCGUGGUCCGUAAUGCAAGCAAAACCCAUUCAAAAUAAUAACAAUUCUUUUGCGAUUGUCUGUCUAAAUGUCCAUCGUCGUCGAAAUGUGCUCUAUAUUAAACCGUGGAAAAUCAGUCAGCGGCCAUCUAUUGUUCGUAAACUCAUUCUUUUGCUCUUUUUUUUUAGUUUUUAAGGUGAUUAUACAAUCAAGUCAUGUGGUGAAUUUUAAAUUCACCACACGUUUGGUUACUCCUAUUAUCAAAAGUUCAAAUCUAGCGUAAUAAUUUUCGUACAAUGCUGAAACUAAAGUCGAUUGUUUAGCACAAGUAAGCAAACGAUCUACUGAUGUUUCACCCCCAUGGGCAUUGUGGUUCUCUCAAUUCGUGCCCUUGAAAAAUCACAAGAAAAAGCACGUGGUUUUCAAGAUGGCCGAUUUGUGGCUUUGUUGUAUAACCACCUUAACGUAAAGUUUUAAUUUUACAGGCUGCGACUGUAAUAUUUUACUUGUCCCGGAAUGAAACAAAGGUGGCCGCAAUGACGCACUCAAUAUCGGUACAAGCCAUGACUUUUUUCUAAGGCUUAACAAAAAUAAAAAAGAGAAAAUGAGAGAAUUGUAUGUGUAUCAUAAACCAUUGAUAUUUAGUAACAAGGAAAACAAGGAAAUGUAAUUCUAAUACCCAACUAGACAAAAACAAAUCGAUUAGUUUUAUAAUCAGAACCAUUUCCCGAUAGGUGGCAUACUAUAUACGAAGAGCUGAUACUGAAUGUAUUUUAAUGAAUAAAAGAAAUAAAAACAAAUAUGUAGGACAAACCAAAAACUGGAGCGUCAGACUGACGCGAGCAUAUGCCUAGUAAGUAAGAAACUUUUUCUAAGAAGCAAACAAUUUUCUAAUUGAAUAUAACAGAUGCAUCCUCUCCGGAAGAAUAAUUCACACCAAUCUCAAACUGAUAGUUACAAAUAGGGAACCCAUAUUGAUGUUGAUACUGACCUAUAGCUGUUGGUAUCGAUUGGCAGAAAAACAGAUAAUACUCGACAUACUACGGAUCUUUCAAAAGAAAAAAAAAUCAUUGAUAACAACCAAAUUGAACAUAAUAAUGUAAAACUUAUGUAUAACCUUUAAAAGUUGUUCGAGACCCCCAAUUAUUAUUGAACGAAACCAGAAAAACAACAACAACCAGCGCAUAUCUAGUUAUUUAAUUCGUAACCCUAAUCUAGUCCAAUUCGUGCUAACAAAACCACAGAAGAUUACUUCGAUUAAGUGAAACGUGGAAAAUUGAGAGCCUAUUUAACCAAAAGCAAGCCAUGCUCUUCUUCUCUUCCCAAUCAUUGAAAAUAAAAAAAAUAUAAACAAUCUCUCUACUCUUAAAAUGUAUCCGUUCAUUGUGACACAUUCAUUAUUUAUGCUUCUUCUGAUUGUUUUAACGAAAGUCGAUUAUGAAUAUGACACAAGCGCGCGAAAUGCGCGAGCGGAACUUGUUAAGUUUUAAACUAGUUUAUAAACUGCUAAGUUUUCCUUUAAGGCAACACUGUUCAGACGGAAAAGAACAUUCAAACUAUUUAUUCUGAGACGCAACCAACACAGACCAACAAUGUCCUAUUUAUAACGAAGUGAUCAUGAAGUGCUAAGUUGUGUCAAACUAGUUUUCCCCUAGCUAGAUCACCGCUCCUCCAAAUGGUGCGAGAAUCACAGAACUCGAGCUUUUCAAUUGUUGACCCUUUUUCCUGUUUUUGCCAAUCGCUUUAACUUUCUGAUAAAACCUAUCUGUAGUCCAAUUUUUCCUCCCGAAACAAUGCUAUAACCCUUAUCGUAAUAACUGUUUUAAAAUUCUUUAUUUUAUAGUAACGGAAAGCUAUACGUUGAUUUCAGUUGUCAGAUUGCGAGUAGAAAACAAAGAUGAACGCGCGGAAGAGAAACCAAAAUUUGUGUUCCUCUUUGUAUGGACGGAAUUGAAUUUCGUAUGCCCACUAAAUUAUAGUUUUUUUUUAGUUUUGAUAGAUAUACCACAUGAAACAACUUUUUCUAGAAGUUUUAUUUAUUCAAGCAACAACAGAAACAACCAGAUUCAAACUGGAAAAUGGGAGAAAUGAAUGAUAUUAAUAUAAACACACUUAACAAUAAUUAGUUAUAUCGAAAGAAAAAAAAAACUAAAUAAAAAACAAUAAGUGACGAAAACCCUA